AAUUAGAUACAUUUAUUGUUCUGUGUGUAUCUAUUUCGACAAAACAUAUACAAUUAGUUUUGUGUUAAUGACUCUUAACCAAUAUUGAAAACGCCAGAGUAAUUUUCAUAUGUUAUGCGUAAUUAAUUUCAACAAGGAAGGAAAUUAACAAUAACUCUUGGAUAUUGCAAUGUAUUUCCCUUCUGAGUACUUUCGUUUUGAACAUAUUUCGGAUCUAAAACAGCUGCAAUAGAUCCCUGUCUUGAAAGCAUUUCAGAUUAUUAUAGGAUUAUUUGUUUUAUUUGAAGAACAUAUACUAACAAUGGGGAACAGCUCUGGAACGAACGCUCUGAAAGACAGGGCUGUUAUUGCUGCGAUUGUCGAAGAGAAGAACAAAUGGCACGAGACUUUAUCAGGAACUAAAUAUCCGGACAUGAGUCUUAUCAACGAUAUGUUAUUCUACACACAUAAAAUGCUACAACGUUAUGUACAACAGACGCCAGCAAUGGUCAAUCAAGCCUCGUCUCAUCGAGACAGUAAUUUCAGUUUAAGUACCGACAGAAUGUCUGAUGAGAUUCAUUCGACAUCCGUUGAAAUACAAACUGACCCGGAUAAGCGUACGAUUGAAUUGAAAGAGAACUUAAUCAAGUUACAAACCGAGAAGGACGAAUUAACACUGAGGCUAAGCAAAGUUGUUGGCGAGAAGCUGAUGAAAGACAACCCUAACAUAACUGACCUAAGUGACAAGAAUAGACCAACAAAACUAGGAGAGAUGUACACAGAAUUAUACGACAACGAAUGGACGGAUGCAUAUGAAGCGCUAACGCAAUCAGGAUACAGAGACAGAGAAGCUAUAGAAACUCUGUUUGAGACAUUAAAGGGUUGUUUCGAGUUCUGUCAGUCAAAGGCCGAUCAGCUCGUGGAGUCCACUGUGAAAGCAGCUGCAAACGUCCUUUUCCAAGAAGUCCAGGAACAAAUGAAAGACCAGAAGAAAUUGCGUCAGACGUUAGCAGUAGUGUCCAAGCAGGACAAUCGUUCCGAUGUUGACGUGUUGAAACAGUUUUUCUUUAAAACGUUAAGCCUUCAGCGCAGGUGGAAGUCCAAAAAUUCAGACGAUACAAAGCAGUCACUAGAAGUGUUGGGCACCAUAUAUCAACCCCAAUCUUUCGAAGAAGAAUUGAAAAGAAUCCGCAAACAGAUGUCAGUAAUACUCAUCCCAGUUGUACAGAAUGCAUUUCUGAAGACUUAUUGGGACGACAAGUGUAAUCCGGUCAUGAAGCCCUUCAUCAAGAAAUGCCUGUUCCUUUGCUGGAUGAUGGUUGUACAGGGGCCGCCCAUGUGCUUUGACUGGAGCACCAAAGAAGGGUCGCAGUUUGAUGCAAAUUUGUAUAAACAGUAUACAGGAUCGGGAAAAGUGGUUGAGUUUGUUGUUUGGCCUACACUGUUCUUGCACAACGGCGGACCUGUUAUUGCAAAAGGCUUUGCCCAACCUAAUGUAGGAAAGACUGUAUAAUUUCAUGAUUUGUACCAAACUAUCAAAUGCACUGACAAUCGUACAUUUAUCACGGAGUGUUCGUCUAUAAAAAGAGUUGCGUGAAUUUUUGUCGUUUUUGUUUCAUCUUGGGUUACUUGUAAUAAUUUUAGAUAAUGUUUAUCUAAACAUUAUUCUUCAUCAGCAAUAUGCGAAAAUAAACAUGUUAUUUGGAGCUUAAACAAAUAUCCUUGAUAAUUGAGGUAUUUAUAC